AUGGGGCGGGUGUGUUGGCAAAUGGUGACAAAGAGUGUAGAGGAUGGGAAUGGGGAGGAGGUGAUAGAACAGUGGGGGUGGAAACUGUUGGGUGGAGGUGAUCGAAUAUGGUUGGUGCACUACAGUGUGGGAACUGAAGAAGGUAUUUCACAGUUAUCAAAACGAAGCAACGAUGAAAGACAAACAUGUACCUGGAAUUUUCCUCUAGAAAUUACUUUUAAAAGCACGAAUCCCUUUGGCUGGCCACAAUUAGUUGUUAGUGUUUAUGGACUUGACCUGUUUGGAAAUGAUAUUGUGAGAGGGUAUGGUCUUUGCCAUCUACCUAUAGCUCCAGGACAUUACAAGAAAGCUGUGCCAUUGUUCAUUCCAGAAUCAGCAUCACUUCUGCAGAAAUUUACAUGUUGGCUGACUGGAAGGCGACCUGAGUAUGUUGACCCCAGAGUGCUUGCCCAAGGUGAAGGUCGAGAAGUGACCCAUGUUCAGUCUCGAGGGAAUGUCCAGAUCGAGUUUAGUGUAAUGAUGCACAACUUCUCUGCAUCUGGGUACUCAAAUCAUGUAAAUGUACACCAGUAGAAGAAAUUUAAUUUAUUAUUGUAAAUAUAUAAUUUUGUUUUUAAUAAACAGACUUGAGAAAAUAAA